CAAAUUUUCAACCCUGGACUCGACACCCAUCAUCUUGUUCAUCUUCCACCGGUACAGCCAUUCAACGCCCUUUUCUUGUUUAAGAAGUCCUCAAGAUCCAUCUCGUUUGUCUACCAUACCUGUAUAACUCAUCAGUUACAUCGAGGAGUUUUCCAACUUGGUCCCUUUCCUAUGGCGGCUGCUCAUCAUGCAGCGCAACGACCCGCCUAUUCGCUUCCAACACAUCCUUCUUCAAAUUCUUUCCCUCCAGACGACCUUCGUUUACCUUCCAUAAAGGACCUUCAAUUCCAUUACCAACCUCGACGUCAGGACCAUUCUCAACCCCCUGAACCUACUCCCGGUUAUGAACACAACCAUUCUCAACCUCAGGACCGUGUCGUUAGACAUCCUCCGCAUUGGGCAAGGCCACCCCCACCACCUCAUUCCAUCUCUCAAAACUCACAAGGUCCACCCCCACCACCGCCUUCAAACCCUAUUCAUCAGCUUCAUUCUCAACAACAUAGUUCUCAGCCACCUCCACAAGUUCACGAAACGUCCUCAAAACCGCCUGACUAUCAUCAUAGACACGAAAAUAAUGGUUAUGCUACUCCCGGACUGCCAUUGUCUGCACAAACCGCACCAGUUCCUGGGUCGGUAAAUUCGGGCCCUGCAGUUCGCAGUGAAGAUUAUCAUCCACACGGUUCGCAUAAACGAGCUCGUACGGGUGACCGGGCACCUGUGGCUUCACUUCGUGACACGCGUCCUCCCUCUGCUCCAUAUCAUUAUCCUCCUUCAUACCCAGCCACUGGUAUGCCUCCGCCUAGCCCCUAUCAUCAAAAUGGACCUUCUUCAGGAGGAGUACCACCAUCACCGGUACAUCCGACACAUUCAAGCCCGCAAGUCCAGCAUCAUCAUCCAUUACCCCCUCCACAGUCGUACGGAAAUUACCAUCCCUCGCAAUACUCUCAACCUCCUCCUCCGCGGUCCACAAAUGCUCCCCAUCCGAUUCCAGUAUCGGCACCUCCGGCACCGCCUGCCCAGACUCCAACUACGCCGCUUCCACCCCCCACGCCCACGUCAGCUUCUGCUCAACCGACGCAAGUUCUUUCAUAUGCCCAAUCGGCCCAUUCUAGCGUCUCGCAGGAAUGGGAAACUCCGCCACAACAGCCUCCACAACAACAUUUCCAACAUUAUACUCUGCACGCUACUCAUCCACCACCACCACCACCCCCGGUUUCAACGCCUCCUGCUCCCAGCACCCCAAGUGCACACCAUGUACAACAGCUUUCCCACUCACAUCAUCAUCCUCCCCAACCUCCACCGCCCGUCCAUUCCCAACCUCCACCGCAAACAGCACACUCGAUGUAUCAAUCGCAGUCGCAACAGGUACAAACGACACCUCAAGUGCAAGCGCCAGCGCCGGCUCCUACACAGCCAUAUGCAAAAACAACGUCCGUGAACCCCACCGAUUUUGACACACGUGGUACCUACUCUACCCAUAAUACCGCUCCAUCAAGCGGCUCCAGCCCGGACUCCGCUAUGUCCGAGCUUGUCAAUCUAUGCUCGUUACUCUAUGAUUUCGCGAGUCGAUAUGCGCAACUCAAUGGAGGUGUGCCUGGGCCUACACCUCAUGAGAUCGCAGAGAUGGCGUCUCGUGCUAAUGAGGUGGUGCGGUUAUUGGAGGAACUUCGCCGGGCCCCUGACGGUCAACGGAUCGCCAAGAACGACACGACGUCUGCGGAGGACCACCGACCACCGAAGAGGCCAUGGGAGGACAUGGCUGAAGAAGGACAGAUCUCGCCUGAUGAUGAUUAUCAGCAACAGGAAGAGGCUUAUGAAACUACUACCGUCGAACCUGUGCAAUCAACUGCCGAGCUAGAUAUGGAACUCAUCCGCACGAAACGUGCAACUACUACCGCGGGGGCCGCUGCGAAUACCGGUCAACCGAAAAGCAAGUAUCGGAAAAGAAGUCGAGCCACUCCCCCUGGCAAAUGCCAUUCAUGUAAUAUCCGGGAAACUCCCGAAUGGCGGCGGGGACCUGAUGGUGCCAGAACUUUGUGUAAUGCUUGUGGAUUGCAUUAUGCGAAACUGAUGCGAAAACAAAACAAAAUGAAUCCAGGACCGAAUGGAGAGCCCCCGCCGCCUAUUGACAUGGAUAUGCUUCGUGCAUCAACGAGAGCAGCUGAGGCUGAAAGGCAUGGUCCCCAGUCUCAGGACGGAUCUCCUACUGGAGCACCUACUCACCAUCAAGGCUCAUUCCAAGUCAUUACCAUACCCCCACCUGUUCACAGUGAACCACCUUCCGCUAUAUCUCCAACGACAUCGGAGCAUCCGCAAACCGUUAAUACCUCUACAUCCACCACCAGCGUACUGCACAUUCCUCCGCCACCUUGGUCCACGUCUCCACCUGUCGGCGGACGAGGUUAUCAACCCAGCGAACAACAAUCAUUUAUACGAUCAUCUAUUCCCACCAAUUCGCCACGGUAAUCUCGACUCGUCCUAUCUUGUUUCUCUAUACAUUCGAUAUUUUUGUCUCAAUCAUGAAUGUUUUGCUAUCCCGCUUUAUUUCACAAGCUCUCAUACUUGAACACCACAACUGUAUCAUUAUCACCGUAUCGUUUGAUCAUCACGGCUUUCACUGGUUUUUUUUGUCCACAGGAGUUUCUUUUUACAGAACGGCGAUUUUAAUACCCCAUCUUGACACCUUGCUAUAUAUCCGGUGUUGCCAUUUCCACAGAUAUUGAUGUCAUCACUUCUUUUCCAAUGCAUCUUGUGGUUAUCACUGGUUGGUUGGGAACAAGUUGUGGCGUUUGUAUAUGGUGCCAAGUAUGUAGCUUAGGAUCUUGAUACAAUCUAAAAGCGAAACGUAUCGGGGGUUUACCUCGUCCGGCA